GAGAGUCCAGGGAGCUCAAAGCGGCACCGAGAGAGAGCCUCUGAAAGACUAGGGAGACAUGUACCAAAAUAAGAUCUCUGAGAUGGCAUACCGGCGGACCAAUACCAACAAAAGCUUAGAGAGCCUUCUUGUCCGGGACAAGCCUGAGCACCGUGUGCCGGCACCAGCCGAGAAGUUGCACCCAGGCCAGGGCCUGGAAUUCCUGAACCUGUCCUACAGUGUAAUCAAGAAGCAGAAAAAGGAUGGUGUCUGGAUCAACAAGGAGGCUUAUCUCCUCGAUGACAUAUCCGGCCAGGCCCUCCGAGGCCGAGUUACCGCCAUCCUGGGCCCAAGUGGUGCCGGCAAGUCGACGUUCCUCGAUGCGCUGGCUGGCAGGAUUGCUCAGGGGAGCCUCGAAGGAUCUGUCAGCAUCGAUGGAAGGCCGGUCACCACCAGCUACAUGAAGAAGGUGUCCUCAUAUGUCAUGCAAGAUGACCAGCUCUUCCCCAUGCUGACUGUAUUUGAAACCUUCAUGUUUGCUGCUGAAGUUAGGCUCUCCCCUUCCAUUUCUAAGUCGGAGAAGAAACGGCGAGUGUGGGAGCUCCUCGACCAGCUCGGUCUGCAGACCGCUGCUCACACAAAGAUAGGCGAUGAAGGCAGGCGAGGUGUGUCGGGGGGCGAGCGUCGCAGGGUGUCAAUAGGGAUCGACAUCAUACACAAACCAUCCCUGCUGUUUCUUGAUGAGCCCACAUCAGGUCUUGACUCCAGUAGUGCUUAUAGUGUAGUGGAGAAGGUUAAGGACAUUGCCAAGGGAGGAAGUAUGGUACUCAUGACCAUUCACCAGCCAUCUUUUAGGAUACAGAUGCUUCUGGACCGGGUGAUAGUCCUUGCAAGAGGGAGGUUGAUAUACCUGGGGAGCCCGGCAGCCCUGCCAGACCACCUUGCAGGAUUCGGCCGACCGGUCCCCGACGGCGAGAACAGCAUGGAGUACCUUCUGGAUGUCAUCAAGGAGUACGAUGAAUCGACGAUCGGCCUCGAACCUCUAGUCCAAUACCAGCGUGACGGACUCAAGCCCAGCCAGGCUGAAAGAACUCCAAUCCCCAAGACCCCCAGAACCCCAUUCCAAAAAUCCACCCACUCUGCCCACCAUAUUCCACUCAACAGCCAGCAAUUCUCCGCCGGCAACGUUACGCCGGGGCCAAACUCCACCCUGUCCGAUUACUACAAUGACGACGCCGACGAUGAAGACUUCGACAACUCCCUCGAGAGGAAGAGCAGAACAUGGACCACCUCUCACAAUGGAGUCUACCAACCAAGACUGGCCUCCCAGUUCUACAAAGACUUCUCGGCGUGGCUCUAUCAAGGCGUCACCGGCACUCCUCGCCGCCAGCCCACCUGGACACCAGCUCGAACACCUGGCCGCACCCCGGGCAAGACCCCCAUUUCAUCCUACUAUUCCUACCGACCCGCCACCCCGCACCUCCCUACCCCUACUCCUACUCCAGUGUUCAUCCACCCACCGCCGCAAGCCUACCACCUCGAGCCCAAGCCGCUCGACGACCCCCACGACGGCCCCAAGUUCGCCAACCCGUGGCUCCGCGAGGUGAUGAUCCUCUCAUGGCGCACCGUGCUGAACGUUAUCCGCACUCCCGAGCUCUUCCUCUCCCGCGAAGUCGUCUUCACCGUCAUGGCUCUGAUCCUCUCCACUCUUUUCCACCGCCUCGGCGACGAUAGCUUCCGGACGAUCAACCGCCUCCUCAACUUCUACAUCUUCGCCGUCUGUCUCGUCUUCUUCUCCUCCAAUGACGCCGUCCCGACCUUCAUCCUGGAGCGCUUCAUCUUUAUCCGAGAGACGGCGCACAACGCGUACCGAUCGUCGUCCUACGUGAUCUCCGCCCUCCUCGUCUACCUUCCCUUCUUCGCCAUCCAAGGCUUCACCUUUGCGUUCAUAACCUGGAUCAUGCUGAAGCUGAAAGCCAGCCUGCUGUACUUCUGGAUGAUACUGUUCGCCUCGCUGAUCUCCACCAACGCGUACGUUAUGCUGGUGAGCGCGCUCGUGCCGAGCUACAUCACGGGCUACGCGGUGGUGAUCGCGACGACCGCGCUCUUCUUCCUGACGUGCGGAUUCUUCAUGAAGAGGUCGCAGAUUCCGAUCUACUGGCGGUGGCUGCACUACAUAUCGGCGAUCAAGUACCCCUUCGAGGCGAUGCUCGUGAAUGAAUUCAAAGGGGAUAGGUGCUACUUUGGGAACCCCAACGAGCUCACGCCGGGGCCAUUGGGUGACAUCAAGUUCAGCGAUCUUCACCGUCAAAUCGAGAAAAAUCUGAGCUGCCCGUUGAUCGGCGAGGACGUGCUCGCCACCAUGGAUAUAGGCUUCGAGAACGUGUGGGCGGACGUCUUCAUACUGCUUGCAUGGGGCGUGUUGUAUAGGUUCCUCUUCUACGUGGUCCUCAGGUUCUAUUCCAAGAACGAGAGGAAGUGAGAGCAACCUCUUUGACUCUGGUCUCUCUGGAAGUUUUUGUUCUUCCCAAAACAGUGGGAAGGAGUUUUAGUAGUCUUUUUGUCGAACACUUUCUACGUGAAUGGGAACAAUCUUAUUAUUCAUUGAUUA